AUGACAAAUGUGCCUGUUUCUGCAAGUAUAGGAACUACUGAUGUAAUUUCGCAUCUCCAAUCAGGACAAAAAAGAAAGAGGAGGGGAAAGACAAUAGGGCUUUCAAUUCAAAAGAAACGUAAAAAUAUAAAUGGCAAGUUGAAUGUGAUUAUUCCACCGGAUCAAAGAGUUGCAGUAGGUCCUGGAGCUAACGAUUUUGUUACCGAUUUUUCUGUGAAAGUUUUUCAGCAUGCUAGGUAUGAUGUCAAGAAUUGGAAGAAUGUUUCUGAUCUAGCAAAAGAUAGAAUCAUUGCGCAUAUACUGGACACCUUCCAACUAUCUGACACACGACACGUUCGGGAUACUAUCUUGGAUCAAGCUAAUAAACUGUAUCGAUAUCGUCGUAGUAGACUCCAUGAUCAUUUCAAGAAAUAUGUUACAAAAGAGGAGAGCUUUUUGAACAUGCCAGCAGAGGUUAAUGAAGUUGAAUGGAAAUUCUUGGUGGAGUAUUUUAGCUCAGAUUCUUUUAAGAAAAUGAGUGAAAGAAAUAAAGCUAAUAAAGCAAAACAAAAAAUACCUCAUAUUUGUGAAAGAAAAUCCUUCCGAGCAGUAUCUUUUGAAAAGAGAAAUACAAACACUGGAAAAGAGCCAAAUUUUCAGAAACUUUGGGAGUUGACUCACAUGAAGAAUGGACAUUGGGUUAAUGAUGCAUCUUCUGAACUGAAUGAUAAGGUGAAAGAAAUUGUUGCUGAUCAAAUUCAAGAAAAUGAAGAGGAAAUUGAUGCAGAUCCUAUUGCUAAUGCAGCAUUUGUGAGAAUUAUGGGAGAAAAGUCGGGAUAUUAUCGUGGUCAAAGCUCAGGAACUAAGCCAAGCAGGAGAUGUAUGAAUGAAAUUCAAGAGCAACUACAAGCACAACAAAAAGAGACAGAAGAAGAACGUCGUAAACGUGAAAGUGUUGAAGACAAGCUAAUUGAAGUUCAAAAAAAACUUGAAGAGGAGCAAGAAAAUCGAGAAGUUAUGGAAACACGUUUAGUGCGCGAUCAAAAAAUGGUAAAAGAGGGCAUAAAGGCACUGGUAUCCCAUAUGCAAAUUUCUAAGAGUGGUCUUCCAUCUACAAUUCUUAACAUUAUUACCGAUUCAAGUGAUUCAGAUGUUGCAAAUCCUACAAGUCUUAUAAAUGACACUGAGGAUGAACGUGCUUAA